AUGACAUCUUCUUGGGUUGGGAGAAGGGAACUGGAAGAAAUGGGGCAAGAGUAGAAGAAAGGAGGGACCGAUCUGAGUCUUGAGGAAAUGAAGAAGCAAGCCGCUGUGCAAUGCCUCCGAUCUGCAUCUGAUGAAAACUCUGGAAUUGAGAGCCUGGUUGAGGAGCUUUGCUCUAAACUUAAGGACAUUCAAAACAAACAGAAAGAGGAAAAACAGAUUCAAAAGAAAUCUGAUGGCUCUCAGUCUCCAGAGCGAGCUGAGUCCCCCUCUUCAAAGGACCAGGUGGAAAUGUAUUAUGAAGCCUUUCCUCCUUUGUCAGAGAAACCUGUUUGUCUCCAAGAGAUCAUGACGGUGUGGAACAAGGCUAAGGCCUGCGCAUACUCAAGUUCAUCAUCCUCAGCAGCCCCACAGACCAGCACAGACACCUCCUCCCCGAAAGAUUGCAACAGCGAAUGUGAGGCUGCAAAGGAGCGAAACCCCGAGGCAUGUGGUACCAUCACGACUGUGACCAACGAGAGAGGCCAGCAACGACGAAGCAAAAAGGAGAAAGAAAACCGAUACCACGGUGGUGUAGCAACGGAGGAAAAAUCUACCGUCCACUCUAAGAGACAGACGAGACACAGGUCUGAGGGCAAAUACCGGCCCAGGUCCUGGUCGUCUGGCUCUAGUGAGGCAGGCUCAAGCUCAAGUGGGAACCAGGGUGACUCCAAGUCGUCCAGAAGCAAGGCAGUUAGAAUAAGGCACAAAUCCAGGGAGGCUGGGAAGAAUAAGAGAACACGCAACAGUGGGCAGGUGAAGCUGCAGGUGAAGGUUUUUGACAAAGAGGAGCGAAGAAACGUGGGAGGAAGCAGUAGCAGUGCCACAGGAGGCACUGUCCGACAACCACAGCUUUACAAAAAGGGGAAGAGGCCGCUGAAGGAGAUUCGUAAAGAUCCAGGCUGGGUGGAAGCAAAAGAGUCCGGAGUUGAGGCCAGAAACAAAAAGGAAUACAUGGAGGAGCCACUUUGGUACACUGAGCCCAUCACAGAGUAUUUUGUACCUUUCAGCAGCAGACAAAGCAAGCUGGAAACAAAAUAUCGAGGCAAGGUAGACUCUCCUGACGGCUUUGCCUUGUCGACCGACAUGGAGAGGCUGCCGGAGAGAAUCCAGGGAAUCUGCAUUGCCAAUGAGAGCUACCAGAGAGCAUACCUAGCAGCAGGCUCGUUCGUGGAUGGGCACUUUGUAGAAGGGCCUGGUGAUGCAGAGGAUGAAACUGCUGAACUCACUGGGACCUCAAGCUGCCCUCAGCCAGAGGAUAGUAGAGAUUUAGAUGACAAGCAUCUGUCUGAAUAUACUCACUUCUAUGAAGUUGAUAUUUAUCAAUCCAUAUUGGAUACUAGUGCCUCAGACUCGAUACAAGAGAGUCGGAUCUUAAGCAUGAUUCGACAAAAAAGCAAAGAGCAAAGAGACGUUGAGGCGGAAUGUUGUUUAGUGUUAGAUGGCCUUGAGCAGCAAGGGAAAAGUGCAAUAAGGGCAGACUCACAGGACGCUUCGGAAUCUGUUGGAUUCUUAAUGGAGGAUCUUGAAAACAUGGCUCAAGUCUGGGGAUGUUAUUCACCGUCUACUUCAGAAGAUAUAGAUGGAGAAAGUUUCAUCGGUGACUCUCCCAUUCGGCUCUCCCCCCUUCUUGAUAGUGUUUCGUUCACCCUGAGCAAACUAUCUGGAAAUCUGGAGGAGCCGCCUGUUCCUGAAGCCACCAGUGAACCAUCUGGUUUGAACUCAUCCUGCUUCUCUCUUUUCGAGCUGCAGUAUGAAAGCCCCACUUUUCCUUUUCCCCGCGACUCACUCACCGUUGCUCACGAAAACAACACAGAUUCAAGUAGCUGUCUCGACCCACAUUCUAAUAAACAGUCUCGUUUGCUAAUAUGGACCAAAAAUAGUGCCUUUGAUGAAACUGAACACUGUUCUAACCUUUCAACGCGAACUUGCAGUCCAUGGUCACAUUCAGAGGAGACUCGUUCAGACAACGAGCAAGGGCAUGUUCAGACAGAGGAUGCUGCUCAAAUUGGCAAUGAAGAGAUUGAUUGUAUAAUCCCUCCUCUCUCUGGUACAUAUCUAGAGGAUGAAAUCUUGGAUUUUUUGCAAGAAGACCCUGGCCGUAAGUGUGAGGAGGUCAGUGUUAGCACAGCAUCCAAUCAGACCUUCACCAAAAAAUCUAAAUUGGAGUCCAUUUGUGGCAUAGCAUUGGAAGAGGAUGAGAGUAAACAGUACAGCACUGGCAUGUUUUCGGACAACACAAACCAACAGAGUGAUGAUUACAGCUCAGGGAUAAUAAAGGACAUUUGGACUGCAAUUGGAGAUGGCAAAUCUGCAGUGUCAAGGCAAGGAGCAGAAAAAACAAGCGAGGGGCUCUUCUCAGAUGACUCAAGCGGUUACUGCUGCAGCUGUCUGGAGGUGCAGGCGAAAGGAGUUCCGAUCCAGGGACCCCAGAAAAAAGCUGUGCAGCGGUCAGAGUAUCACCUUUGGGAAGGCAAGAAAGAAGAACAGGACUUAGCCAAAAACAAACUCUCCAAGGUAGAUGGUGCUGGGGAUUACAUGACUCCGUCCAAACCCUGGGACUUGAACUCUGACAGGGAGAGUACAUCAUUCAUCCUAGGAGGGGUGUAUGGAGAGUUGAAGACACUAAGUGGUGAUAAGAAUUGGGCUGUAGUGCCGCCGAGCGAAUCUCAAGAUAGCCUGCUACAGUGUGCCGCCGCAGCUGCAUCUGCUUCUAGCUCAGACAUGCUCACCAUCACCGGCACAGAUGUGUUUAUGAACACCGGCAGCUGCUUUGCCCCUGGGCAGAGGCCCCUGUGGAGGCCGCUCGUUUCCUUUGGGCAGAGUGAGCAGUCCAUUAGAGGAGGCGGAGACGGAUUGAAUAAGGGAUUUUCUUUCAUCUUCCAUGAAGAUUUGCUCGGAUCUUACGGAGGCUUGCGGGGUGAGGAGCAAGGUCUAGAAUACCCGUUUGCAUCCUUCAACCUGAACAAUCCCUUCUCUCAAGUCCUCCACGUUGAGUGUUCUUUUGAGCCUGAGGACAUGGCUUCAUUCAGUCCAGGGUUCAAGCCUAAAUCUAUUCUCUGCUCGGACUCUGAGAAUGAAGCCUUCCACCCACGAAUAUAUGGCAUCAACCGGACGCAGUAUAGGGCCAUUCGCAUAUCCCCCAGGACUCAUUUCCGACCAAUAUCGGCCUCAGAGUUGUCUCCUGGUGGAGUGAGUGAUUCCGAGGCUGAGACUGACAAAGAGGAGAUGAGUUUUCCCGUCCUGGCGCCGGUGGACGUCUUUGAUGAUCCUCAGGCAGACCUCAAACCUCUGGAGGAGGAUGCAGAAUGUGAGGGCCCUUAUUAUGGGAAGUCAGAACUGGAAUCUGGUAAAUUCUUACCCAGAUUAAAGAAGUCUGGCAUGGAGAAGAGUGCCCAGACCUCUCUGGAUUCACAGGAGGGCUCCAGUACCCUCCUGCCAAUCGCUGAGCAAGAGAUUUGCUUAGACUGCAAAACGGCAGCAGCUGAAUCGACUGCAGAUGGACAGGUGGACAUCUCAGUUAGCAAGAUUCAAAAAGAGGAAUCUUCAGAAGAAAAAGAGUCCUGCUUAAGUGCACCAGCAGGUCAGAUCCCAAAGUAUGGGAUUGCUUAUGACUUUGUUGGAGAUGUGCCAGAGUUCCCUCUGUUAAAUAUAAGUGGACAGGGAGGAACUGGCAACCAGCAAGAUGAGUGCUGGUGGCAGAACACACUCUGUUCCCCCCUUUUCCCUGGAUCUCAGUGUACAGGGAGCAGCAACAUUUGAAUACUCCAGUUUUGCAGAGGACUCCUGUCAUCGAGAGGAACAGUUCCUCUCCUUUUGUGACUGGACCUCUUCCAGCAAAUAUUCAGGGUCAUCUCAGAGCUGGAAAAACCUAAUGUAGGCUAAUUUUCUGAGACACCCCUUCAAAAACCCCUCCACCACCCCCUACACAUAACCCCCGCUGGUUUUUCAUUUACUAACUUAAACCUUGUGUAAUCAACAAUCAGAUCAACAAAAAGUGAGUGAAAAUAGGAAAACUCAAAAAAUAUGUUUUGUCUUUGAGUGAUGCCAUGUGCGGACAUGCAUUUUUAGGCAUUUUAGAAUUUGUUUCAGUUGAUUCUUCUGUACACUGGUCCUCAUUCAAGUCACACAGUUAGGUAUUAGGGACAAUCUUUUUGUUCUAUCCUUGUCAGUUUUGUUCCCACCAUGUUGCUUUUGAACUAGGAUACUGAUAGUUGGUGGUGUUUGAAUGGUUGUGCAUGUAUGUUUGUCCAGCCAGUCUCACUCCUCUUUUUUCUAGUUAAACCUAAUGUUGUGUGGAAAAAAAAAAAAAAAAGACUGCUUUCACAUCCUCUACUUACCAUCUCGUGUUCAGAAAGACAAUAUAAGAAUGUUGAGAUUUUUGAGUUGUGCCAGAAUUUGAGAGUUUAAUUUAAAUAGUUUUGAUUUGGAUGACUUUCUGAAUGCGAAGUAGAGAAUGUGUGCAGUUUUCUUCGAGAUAUCCGUAAAAUUCCCCAUGUGUGAAAAGUUAUCAUAAAUGAGUCUGAUAUUUGAAUGGUGAUAUUCUUUCAAAAGCUAGUAGUAGACAUAGUAUGGUUUGUGAGGCUAAAAAAAAAAAUUGUUUUAAAAUAAAAAAUAAAAAAACAGGAAAUCAAAAGGAGUUUUGUUGACAAAAAAUACUAAUAAUCUACUUGAAAUGCAAUGCUGUAAACAAAUUGGGGAGGAGAAAAAAAAAGAAAAAAAAGAAGUUUGUGUUUUGGGGUAAAGACCCAUCAUGAAAAGACAUGACUACAGCCAUUUCUGCAGACACCUGUGUUGCAACUGAAUGAAACCUUGUUUUAUUUUUUUUGUAAUCUCUAUGGUACAGACUAUUGGUGCUAUAAAUAUGUUCAGAAAUCUUUUUAAAGUUGCAGUUCCAUAAUAUGGCUGUGAUGAGUAGAUGGCAUAGCAGAGUUUUGUUUGUAGUCCGGACAGUCAGAAUCCAUUAAUAUCUUUUUUUUUUUGCGGAAAAUUGUGAGAAGAAGAAGAAGAAGAAGAGAAAAAAAAGUUUUGCCUGAUUCGCGGUUCUUGCUUAUAUGUGGCUUGGUUUUUAUUUUUUAAGAUAACAUCUUAGUUUUCAGGCCUGUAACAGCUGAAGCAGAAAUACUUGCAAUCUCAUGUUUCAACACAUCCAUUUUCAGUUCAUUGUCCCCACGCAGAAAGGACAAAAUCAGUAUUAUACUGAUGGUUUAUUUGUCUGUGCUGCAACUAAACAAACAUAUAAGAAAACAAGUGGCGGGGGCGAUGGUCAAACCAAAAACAAGGCAUAAUUACACUAAGGUACAAAUGCUUUUUCUUUUUCUCCAUAUGAGGUGUGUUUUUUUUUUUUUUUUGGGUUUACAAUAUAUCUUGUUGAAAUAUUGAGUAAUGUCUCACUCUGUGUGCGCGUGUGUGUGUGUGUGUGUGGACAUCGAAUUUGUGAAGGCACUGGUUCAGAAUGAGUGUACUAGAACUUUAAACUCAGAGAAAUGUGAAUGUACGCAGAGGUGCACGUUCACUAAAAAAAAACGCAUUUGUGCCCCCCCCCCCCUUUAUAUUUUGAAACACACCCUGAACAAAUUGGUCAUAAAAACGGCUUGAGGUGUAGUUUACUGACCCCCUUCUUGUGACCUGUGCUUUGACGAUUACAUUUAGUUACAAACAUCUGCAGAUAAAUGCAUUGUGCAUUUCUUCUUGCACGUUUUAUAAACCCUGUUUUUCUUUUCUUUUAACUUUUCAAACAGGUUAGGAGGGCAGGAGCAAGGUGACUUUUUGGUCACAUUAUACUAUAAAACUGAAGCACAUAACUAAAAGCAUCCCUUCAUUUAAUGGGUAAAUAAAAAAAAUUUAAAAAAACAUCAGCAAUGUCAGCAUACUUGCUGUAAUGCACUGUCGCAGGUGAAGGGCAUGGCUUUUGAAACGGCUUCCUCAUUUGAAAAAAAAAAAAAAAAAAAAUGCAAAGAUUGUAAAGGCCCAGGGUCUGUUCAGUCUAAUGCCAUUUAAAACUGAAAAAGAACCCCCCCCCCCUCUCAAAUAGCUGAAACAUGAAUGGAAGGUACUCCAACUUCAGGGUCUUGUCACCUUUCUUUGACAGUCAUCAGACACUCAGGAAUUUUUUAAUAUAUAAAGCAUAUUGCAUAAUCUACACUCAGACCUGUGGCAGUGCAUUGAUGCAUUAAUGUAAAACCUUUCUUUGAUUGUAGAGCAGAAUUUGACAGGAGUUCUUUCCAAGCAAACUACAAAUGGACUGUCAUUAAUUUAGAGCUAUAGUUUUAGAGCGAAAAAAAAAAAAAAAAGAA